AUGGAAAAAUUGCUUCAGUGGUCCAUUGCCGGUGCUAAUGGUGAUAAGGACACUUUGAAUAAGAUUGGUGGCCCAGACAAUAAAGCCAUUGCCGAACUUCUUGGAAUGGCGGGCCCUGAUGAACCAACAUUGAUGGUCGAGGCAAUGAGAGUGAUCACCAACCCAGAAGCCGAACUCGAGGCUAAAGAAAUUGCUUUUGAUAAUUUCGAAAUGUUGUCGGAAAACUUGGACAAUGCUAACAAUAUUGAAAACUUGAAGCUUUGGGAACCGUUAGUGGAACAACUUAAAGCAGAAGAAGAGCUUUUGCAAAGAUACGCUGCCUCAGUGAUUGGCACUGCCACCCAGAAUAAUCAAAAGACCCAAGAAGAUUUGCUCAAGUACCAACACUCUAUGGAUUAUCUUUUGAAUAUUUUGAAUGACCAGCAGGCGGGAGAACCACUCAAGAUGAAGUGUCUCUACGCCCUUUCAAACUUCAUAAGGCAUAAUGAAAAAGGUUACACAUUGUUCAAAGAAAAGAACGGAUGGCAUGUCAUUGACAAAGUUGUUUCUGGAAAACAGCUAAGUGCUAAAUUCAACCUUAGGUUAUCGUCGUUGAUGACUUCGAUCAUGUCUACUGGACCAUCUGACGAAAAAAAGACUCACAUUGAGAAAUUGUUCCCAAGUGAAAAGGCUCAGGAAAUUUUAAAAUCAUAUGAACACUAA